AUGGGCUCUUCUUCUAACGUCGUUGUAGCAUCAUCUAAUUCUCGUUUCAUGAUCAUUAGUACUCAAAAUACAUUUCAUAGAGUUUCUCCUUUCCUUGUAAACAAAUUAAUACAAUCAACAAUUGGUGAAGUACAAAACAUUAAAAAACUACGUUCUGGUGACCUUUUGUUGCAGACUUCCGAGAAACAAGCUCUUCUUAUUAGUAAACUCACCAAAUUAGGAGAUUUUCCUGUCCAAACAGCCUUACAUAAAACUUUAAACUUUUCACGUGGUGUCAUUUCCGAGCCGGAUCUCAUUGACUUAUCUGAUGGAGAUCUUGUAACAGAAUUUUCAGACCAGCAAGUAUGCUCCGCGCGUCAUAUUAACAUUCGGCGUGACGGUCAACUUAUACCAACAAAACACAUUGUAUUAACUUUUCAAACUCCAGUUCUUCCUAAGUCAAUAAAAGCAGGAUACCAAAUUUGUAGAGUUCGACCAUAUAUACCUAACCCUCUUAGGUGUUUUAAAUGCCAAAGGUACGGCCAUUCCCAGCAAGCAUGUCGUAGCAAAAUGAUCAUGUGUGCAAAAUGUGCUGAACCUGGACAUGAGAUAAAUAAUUGCCAUUCAGACACCAUGAAUAAUAAAACAAAAAUCUCCACGACAUCAUCUCUUAAAGCGUUUAAAGUAAAUGCAAAACAAAGAACAAAAAAGAAAGCAUUAUUGAAUCGACCCCUUGUGGCAGAAGAUUUCUUAAAAACUUACACGUCGUCUUCUGAGUUCUCCGAUAUGGAGUUAGACCCAUCUACUAUCUCUAAAAAUCAAUCAGGUGGGGAAAAAAAGAAAAAACCUCCAGAUAAAUCCUAA